ACAAACAGGAUUAAAUAUGCAUUUACGUAGUUUUGAAUGCUUCAAUUUAUUUAUUUUUACUUAAGGUCUAUAUUAUAACAUUUUAUUUCACAAAACUACCGUUUUCCACCUGGUGAGAAUUUGGAUACGCGUUUAAAGGAGGAAUCGUGUGGCACAGUGAGCUUUAAUCUGGCAACCCUGAGCACAUUCACCGGACGCUGAUUUCACCAGCGGAUUUGGUUGACACACUGAUUCUAUCACAAGAAGAAGAUGAACACUAACGACGCUAAGGAGUAUCUCUCUAAACGACAAAUCCCUCAUCUGUUUGAGAGUAUGUUGACUGGCUUGAUGUAUCACCGCCCCGAGGACCCUUUGGCCUUCUUGGAAAAUUGCCUGCAGAAAACUAGAGAACUCGGAGGUCCUGAAUGUGUGGCAUGGGACACCUUCAUCAUGCCUGAUCGUAAACCACUACCACCGAUUACCACUGCCCAGGGAAAGAAAGCCCCCUGCAAGCUGGACAGCGGUCCCGGUCCCGGUCCUGGUCCUGGUCUUGGGCCUUACAGACGCUAUGACAGAUUGCCUCCUAUUCAGGCUCAGUUCUCCAUUGAGAGUGAUUCUGAUAUGACCGAGUCCUCUGGACUGAUACAAGAGUAUGAUGUCUUUGACCCCUUAAAACCAAGGCCACACAUUAUUUUCAUCAUAGGUGGUCCAGGCAGUGGAAAGGGUACUCAGACAGCUAAGAUCGCAGCUCAUUAUGAUUUUGAAUGUGUGUCCGUGGGGGAGAUUUUAAGAAACCAGCUACUUCAGCAUGCUCCCAGUGACAGGAAGUGGGAACUGAUUGCUCAAAUCAUUGCCAAUGGAGAACUGGCACCUCAGGAGACGACGAUCGAGGAGCUCAAGCAUCAAUUCAUCAAGAAACAAGAUGCGAAAGGUUUCAUUGUUGAUGGAUUUCCAAGGGAAAUAUCUCAGGUGUUCACCUUUGAAGAACAAAUUGGCUCUCCAGACCUAGUGAUCCUACUAGCUUGCUCUAAUCAGCAGCUGCGUCAGCGUUUGGAGAAGCGUGCCCUGCAGCAGGGCCGGCCUGAUGAUAACACGCAUGCCAUUGAGAAGCGACUCGAAACCUUCAAGCACAACAUAACCCUCAUAGCCAAGUACUACCAGGAGAGAGGACUAAUUAUUAGGGUCGAUGCCGAUCGAGAAGAAGAUGAUAUUUUUACAGACAUCAAAGCCAUAGUGAAAGAGAAACUGUUCUCAAACAAAGAAGAACCACCAGCUUUAUAAGUGCUUUGACUCCCACAAAACCUCACAAGGUUUCUCUGCGUUGGACAUAAUCUUUUUUUAUUUAAAAAAAUAUAUAUAUUUUUAGCACAGCUAAACUAUCUUCUUCCUGCAGCCAGCUUGUUGCAUAUUUCCUCUAAUCAAAAACUGUGUUUUUUUUUAACGCAAGAGAAGAUCGCUUUCUCUUUUGUUGUCUGUUCUGCUUUAACCUGUGUUUUACUCUUUUAAUCAUUUAUAUAUGUAACAAUUUCAAUUGCUGUUUUUUUCUCUUUGGUUUAAAUCCAGUUUCUAUUAAUGUUAUUGUAUAAAAGUUUCUUGA